AUGGUAACCGAAGUUCUAUCGAAUAAAUCGACCGCGCCUUUAAGUGCAAUCCCUGAUUCAAAAACUCCUCAAUUAUUAUUAUGCUUAAAAGACCAGCAGCUAGCUACACUGCUGUGUAAACGUCUCUCUCGCCAUAACUCUUCCCUUCACUACCCAAAUUUCUCGACUCCAAAAUCCCCCCAGACGAUCAGCUUUAUUAUUCGCUGCAACACCCAGAUAACCUUAAAUGGAAGAAACGGAAACAUCAAAGAAGCUGAGUCAAUAUUCAAUAGCAUGCCUUGCAAAAGUACCGUUUCCUGGACAGCAAUGCUCACUGCGUAUGCGCAGAAUGGCCUCAUUGAAAAAGCCUAGAAACUGUUCGAUGAAAUUCCUCGGAAAAACACCGCUUCGUAUAGUGCUAUGAUCACGGCUUACAUUAAGAAUAAUUGUGAUGUUGAUAAAGCAUAUGAAUUGUUUGAGACGAUGCCGCCGCGUAAUGAGGUGUCUUACGCGGCGAUGAUCUCGGGUUUUGUUCGGAGUGAGCAGUUUGAUAAGGCGGAGAUGUUGUAUGUUAAUUUGCCUGUUAAGUUUCGUGACCCGGUUGGUUCAAAUGCUUUAAUUAGUGGUUAUUUAAAGAUGGGCAGAUUUGAAGAGGCCGUUAAGGUUUUUGAGGGUAUGGUGAUGAAAGAUGUAGUUUCUUGGAGCUUAAUUGUUGAUAGGUAUUGUAAGAAGGGAAGGGUUGUUGAGGCAAGAGAAGUUUUUGAUAAAAUGCUGGAGAAAAAAGUGGUUACUUGGACGUCAAUGAUUGACGGAUAUAUGAAAAUUAAAUGUCUUGAAGAUGGGUUCGGGUUGUUUUUGUGUAUGAGAAGAGGAGUUGUGGCAUUCAAUUCAACUACGUUAACUAUAAUGUUUGAGGCUUGUGGUAGUUUUGGUCGACAGUUGGAGGGACUGCAGAUGCAUGGAUUAUUUUCACGCUUGGGAUUUGAUUUUGAUAUCUUUCUAGGAAAUUCUAUUAUCACAAUGUAUUGUAGAUUUGGCAUGGUUCAUGAAGCUAAUAAAAUGUUCCGCUUAAUGAAUAAGAAAAAUGUGGUUUCUUGGAAUGCUUUAAUUGGAGGUUAUGUUCACAAUGAUGAAAUUGAAAAAGCUUAUAGAAAUUUUGAAAUGAUGCUAGGAAAGGAUAUGGUUUCUUGGACAACUAUGAUUGCUGGAUUUUCAAACAAAAGGAGUAUUGAGAGUUCCAUUGAGUUGUUCAGAAUGAUGCCACAGAAAGAUGAUAUAGCUUGGACUGCCGUCAUUUUGUUUCUAAAUAACAGGGAGUAUGAGGAAGCUAUAUGCUGGUUCAUUAAGAUGCUUCAAAAAGGAAUAAGGCCAAACCAGAUGACUUUCAGCACUGUCCUCAGUGCUUCAGCUGGUUUGGCAACAUUAAAUCAAGGGUCACAGAUUCAUGCUCAUGUGGUAAAACUGGAUAUGGAAUUUGAUUUGUCUAUUCAAAAUUCCUUAGUUUCAAUGUAUUCAAAGUGUGGGAGUUUGACUGAUGCCUACAGGAUAUUUUCAAAUAUUAAGGCACCAAAUAUUGUGUCUUUUAACACAAUGAUUACUGGCUUUGCACAGAAUGGCCUCGGGGAUGAACCUCUUAUUUUGUUUAGGAAGAUGGAAAAUGAAGGGGUACAGCCAAAUCAGGUCACCUUUCUUGGUGUUCUCUCUGCUUGUGCACAUGUAGGAUUAGUAGAUGAAGGAUUAAACUACUUUAAAUCCAUGAAAUCUUUAUAUAAUAUUGAACCAGGGCCUGACCACUAUGCAUGCAUGGUAGAUGUCCUUGGUCGAGCUGGAUCACUAGAUGAUGCUAUUGAUUUUAUCCAUUCAAUGCCUUUUAAGCCACAUGCUGGGGUCUGGGGGACUCUUCUUGGUGCUAGCAGAACCCAUUUACAUCUUGAUCUUGCAAAGCUAGCAGCACAACAACUUAUUGAGUUGCAGCCUGAUAAUGCAACCCCUUAUGUGGUUUUGUCCAGCUUAUAUUCUAUCAUGGGAAAAAAGAAGGAUGGGGACCUAGUAAGAAUGGCUAAGAAAUCAAAAGGAAUAAAGAAGAGUCCAGGUUGUAGCUGGACUAUUGUGAAAGACAGAGUUCAUUUGUUUCUUGCUGGAGAAAAAUGCCACAUGAACUUGGAAGAGAUUAAAGAUACACUACAGAUAAUUUCAAAGGAAAUGAGAGACUUGGAUUGUCCUAGUUAUGACUGGUUUCCUUUGAACAAUGUGUCAUAAAUUUUUUUAGUUUUUUGCCAUCUAUCUUGGUGACCUUUGACCAAUGUGUCAUAAGAAAUCAAAAGGGAUAAAGAAGAGUCCAGGUUACAUUUCUUUUUCCUGGUGAACAUCUGUGGAAGCCAUCUAUCUUAAUCAUACGAGAGAAGGAGUUUGUCGAGGUGAAGUAGAUGAUCUUCUGAGUUUUUGCCUUCUCAAUGCAUUUUGAUGGCUAAAAGAUUGUGUUCAAGAGGAUAUGUCAGUUUAUACAGAUGGCUUGUGGUUUAUCUAUAAGUUAUCUUAUUUUGAAAGGACUACGUUAAAUUUAAGCUGCCAGCUGAGUAUAUACAGGUCAGCUAUAUUUCAAAAUGCAGGGAUGUUUGCCCCGGUCAGAAGCAUUAUUGCAUAUCCUCUAUGUACCAUGCCUCCCCAUCUCCUUAAUAGAAUAAGAUUGUGGGGCUUUGAAGGUGACUUUGUAACAACUAUACUGGAAGGAAUUUUGACUGGAGUUUAGCUUA